AUGACUGACGCAACUCCCACUUACCACCGUACGCCGGUUGUAGUUGAAACUCUGGCCGACCUGGACACGCCGCUGUCUGUUUAUCUUAAACUGGCGGACGGGCCUUACUCCUAUCUGCUGGAAUCUUCGCAAGGUGGCGAAAAAUGGGGGCGCUAUUCCAUCAUCGGCCUGCCUGCCAGAACAUUCCUCACGGUUCGCGGCGACGACAUCACGGUAACCCACAAUGGCAAGGUCAUAGAGCAGAUCUCCACGGAUGAUCCGCUGACCUUCAUCGAACAGUUCCAGGCACGCUAUAUAGUCGAGGAACGACCUGAUCUGCCGCGCUUCUACGGUGGCCUGGUCGGAUAUUUUGGUUAUGACACCGUGCGUUAUGUGGAAAAAAGACUUAAACACACCACGCCCCCGGACCCACUGAAAACCCCUGAUAUUCUGCUGAUGGUCAGCGAAGAAGUGGUUAUUUUUGACAACGUGAAAGGCCGCAUGCAACUGGUGAGCCUGGUCGAUCCAAACGUGGACGGUCUGAUAGAACAAACCAGAGAAAAACUUCAGGCUCGGGUACGCACGCUGGCCCAGGCAACGCCGAAAAUUCCAGUUAGCCAGGCCAAUCAGAAUAUCGAAGAAUCGGAUUUUAUUUCUGAAACUGGCGAAGCCGCUUUUAAAGAAUCGGUGGAACAGAUUAAGGAAUACACCCGGGCGGGCGAUGUCAUGCAGGUGGUUCUGGCCCAGCGCAUGUCGAUUCCUUUUGCCUCGCCCGCGAUAAAUCUGUACCGCGCGCUGCGCAGCUUAAAUCCUUCACCGUACAUGUACUUCAUGAACCUUGGUGAUUUUCAGAUUGUCAGUUCCUCGCCAGAAAUUCUGGCGCGCCUGGAAAAUGGUCGCAUCACCAACCGCCCACUGGCCGGUACCCGCCGCCGUGGCCACACAGAUGCUGAAGACCUGGCACUGGAAGAAGAACUGCUGGCUGACCCAAAAGAAAUUGCGGAGCACCUGAUGCUCAUCGACCUGGGUCGCAACGACGUGGGGCGCGUUGCCGAAUCCGGCUCAGUGGAAGUCACCGAGCAGUUUGUAAUCGAACGCUACUCCCAUGUCAUGCAUAUUUCGUCCAAUGUUGAAGGCACGCUGAAGCCGGGUAAAACCGCCAUGGAUCUGCUGCGCGCAACAUUACCCGUCGGCACCCUGUCCGGCGCGCCAAAAGUUCGCGCGAUGGAGAUCAUCGACGAGUUGGAGCCGGUAAAAAGAGGCAUCUACGGCGGUGCGGUUGGCUAUCUUGCCUGGAACGGCAACAUGGACACUGCCAUUGCCAUUCGCACCGCUGUGGUCAAAGACGGCAAGCUGUACAUAGAAGCCGGCGGCGGCAUUGUUGCCGACUCGGUACCACGCCUUGAAUGGAAAGAAAGCCUCAACAAAGGCCGUGCUAUUUUUCGAAUACGUGUGAUCUGGGCACGCCACAUUGUCGCAAGCAACUGGUUUACCAACUCCAUUACUGUGGUGAUUGUGCUCAAUGCCAUUGUCAUUGGCCUGGACACCUCUAAAACGCUUUACGACAGUUAUCACUGGUUAUUUGUGAUUGCCAACCAGGUUUUCCUGGCCAUCUAUAUCAUUGAAGCGCUCAUUAAAAUGGCGGCCGAAUACCCCAAAAUCACCCGCUACUUCAAAGACGGCUGGAAUAUUUUUGACUUCACCAUCAUCGUCAUCAGCCUGAUUCCAGCAACCGGCCAACUGGCAACACUUGCACGGCUGGCACGCUUGUUACGUGUACUGAGACUGAUAUCCACCCUGCCGGAACUGCGCCUGAUUGUCGCCACGCUGGUCCGCUCAAUUCCAAGCAUGGGCCAUGUGUUGAUGCUUAUGUCGAUCAUUUUCUACGUGUACGGCGUUGCGGGCUAUCACCUCUUCCACGACGUUGAUCCUACGCAUUGGGAUACCCUGGGCAUUGCGCUGUUAUCGCUGUUCAGAAUUGUCACUUUAGAGGACUGGACUGACAUCAUGUAUGCAGCCAUGGCGGUCAAACCCUGGGCUUGGAUGUACUUUGUGAGUUUUGUUGUACUGGGCACGUUUGUUGUGGUGAACCUGUUCAUUGCGGUUGUCAUCAAUAACCUGGACGAAGCCAAAGCCGAACGUUUAAAGGAACUCAGCACACCACCUACCUCAGAUGAAAUUCUGCGCGAACUGCGAGAUACCCAGACCGCAUUGGGAGAAAACCUGAUGAUCCUCAUGAUCGAUAAUUACGAUUCGUUCACCUAUAACAUCGUCCAGUAUUUAAGUGAGCUUGGCGCGGAGGUUGAAGUAUUCCGUAAUGAUGAAAUCAGCAUCGCGGACAUUGAAAAAAUGGCGCCAGAGAAAAUUGUGAUUUCUCCCGGGCCGUGCACGCCUGACGAGGCAGGCAUCUCGCUGGAGGUGGUCAGCACCUUUGCCGGCAAAAUACCCCUGCUGGGUGUUUGCCUGGGGCAUCAGAGUAUUGGCCAGGCUUUUGGUGGCGAAGUGGUGCGUGCUGAAGACGUGAUGCACGGCAAAAUCUCUAUGAUUCAUCACAACGGCAUCGGGGUUUUCAAAGGUCUACCCAAUCCUUUUGAAGCCACGCGCUAUCAUUCGCUGAUUGUGAAAAAAGACUCUCUUCCGGAUUGUCUUGAAAUGACCGCCUGGACGGAAAAAGAAGGUGAAGUUCAUGAGAUCAUGGGCUUUCGGCACAAGACGCUCGCGGUAGAAGGCGUUCAGUUUCACCCCGAGUCGAUCAUGACCCAGAGUGGCCAUGAUCUGCUCAACAACUUUCUGCAAUCAGAGGCCACCGCGGAAGUAUUUCAUACCAUCAUGACAGGCGAGGCCACACCCGCUCAGAUAGGUGCCUUCCUGGUAGGCAUGCGCCUCAAAGGUGAAACUGCUGAAGAACUUGCUGGUGCCGCUAUGACAAUGCGCAACCUGUCUACCAAGGUGAACGUCAGCCAUCCAAACCUGGUGGACACCUGCGGUACUGGAGGCAGCGGCAGCAAGCUGUUCAACAUUUCCACCGCCGCUGCAUUUGUUGCUGCAGCAGCGGGCGCCAAGGUCGCGAAACAUGGCAAUCGAAAAAUGACAAGCUUCUGCGGCAGCGCGGACGUUCUCGAAGCAGCCGGCGUUGCGCUGACGUUAACACCAGAGCAGAUCGCCACAUGCAUUAUGGAUGUGGGUGUCGGCUUCAUGUUCGCCCAAGCUCACCAUAGCGCCAUGCGUUUCGCAGGCCCGGUCAGACAGGAAAUUGGCGUGCGCACCAUGAUGAAUGUGUUAGGGCCGAUGACAAAUCCCGCCGGCGCCAAGCGUCAGGUCAUCGGCGUUUUUGACAGCCAAUGGCAGACGCGGAUGGCCCAGGUACUGCACCUGCUGGGUACCGAACACGCCAUGAUUGUCCACAGUAAUGGUCUUGACGAAAUACGCUUAGACGCCCCUACCUCUGUUGUCGAGUUGCGCAAUGGCGCCAUUGAACAGUAUGACAUUGCGCCUGAAGACUUUGGCCUGGAGCGCAUUUCCACGUCUGCCGUCAAUGAUCUGUGCGCAGACUCCACAGAAAGCAGCCUGAAGCUGGUAAAACAAUCAUUAACAUCAGCAGACUCAGCGGCCGCCGACAUUGUCAGCCUGAAUGCAGGCGCCGCAAUUUACGUAUCCGGUGUUGCCACCUCCCUGAAGAACGGCGUGCUGAUGGCUCAGGAUGCCAUCGCCGCAGGCCUUGCUAAGGCUUCACCCUCUAAAGGGGUUAUCCGCGAAGACUUUGACCCAGUUGCCAUCGCAGAGAGUUACACCCGCCAUGGCGCCACCUGCCUGUCCGUAUUAACCGACGAAUCCUACUUCCAGGGCAGCGACCAGUAUCUGCGAGACGUUCGGGAAGUGACCAACCUGCCGAUCAUUCGCAAAGACUUCACCAUUGACGAAUACCAGGUGUAUGAAGCCAAAGCCCUGGGCGCUGACUGUAUUCUGUUGAUCGCGUCUGCUUUAAAUAUCAUGCAGCUGACGGUGCUCAAUCAAACGGCAAAAGGCAUCGGCCUGGACGUAUUGAUCGAAGUACACAACCUCAGCGAAUUGCAGGCGGCGCUGAGCCUGCAGCCCACACUGAUCGGUAUCAACAACAGGAACCUGAAAACUUUCGAAACCUCGCUGACUAACACCACUGACCUGCUGCCACACAUACCCGGCAAUAUUACUGUCGUGACAGAAAGCGGCAUACGGUCAGCAGAAGACAUCAGCUUGAUGAACAGCCAUGGCGUUUAUUGCUUUCUUGUUGGGGAAACAUUUAUGCGCGCAGAUGACCCAGGGCAGGCGCUGCGCGAUCUGUUUUACUAA